AUGGCUUCAUCCGACCAAUCUUUCCCCAACUACCUAACCACAGUCAACGUGGCCAACUUCGUCUCCGUCAAGCUCUCCGGCAACAAGCGGUCGAACAAUUACCCGUCGUGGAAACGGCAAAUACUCUGCCUCAUUGAGGCCACCGACUUGGUCCGGUUCAUCGACGGCACUAUCCCGCCGCCUAAUCCAGAAGCUGAUAGCGUGGCGUGGAGGACAGACAGAGUUGUUUUGGGCUGGAUUCUCGGGUCAUUGGCCGAUACUGUUGUUAGGAUGGUGGCCCAUGCCCAUCUCGACACAGCCAGAGUUGUGUGGGAGGAGCUCGACAAGAAAUUUGGUGAGGUUAAUACUCCUCCGCCACAAGUACCACAAGCUGUGGAGACUGAGAAUGAGGAGCAGUUGCCUAUGUUGCUGAGAAUGAUACGCCAGGAGGAGUGGAAUGCGGCCAAAGAAUACAUAAUCACACAUACGCGGGCCAUCAGAGACCAAAAAACUAAGAAACUAGACACAUGUCUCCACUUAGCCGUGUCGGUGAACAAACCUUAUGCGCUCGAUUUCGUUCGAUUCCUAGGUGACAGAAUGACCGAGCAGACAUGGCAAGCCCAGAACAUCGUCGGUGAAAAUGCCUUACAUACAGCGGUCUGGACUGGAAACGAUUCAGCCACCGAGUUCCUGUUGGAUGAGUUCAGCGAUCUGAUGCACGUGCGCAACAACAAUGGUGAAUUGCCGAUCCACCUGGCGAUCCAAGGUGCCAAGGAGGGGUCUGUUUGGUUGUUGCUUGGGAAAAUGGGCAAUGUUGUUGAUACUCAGACAGGUUUCAAGCUCCUGUGUAUGGCGAUCGAUGCCGAGCAUUUUUAUGUGGCUCAAGGAUUGAUUGAUACAAAUCCGCAAUUGGUUUACAUGGAACUCAGAGACGGCACCUCAAUUUUUCAGAAGCUAGCGCUCAAGGACAAUGCUGACAGAAAGCGUUUCAGCUUUUGGGAAUGCUUCCUGUUGGCCAAAGACAAGAAUAGCUCAGUUCAUCACUGCAAAAAAAAUGAUCAUGUGCUUCUCGUUGAGUCCCUCUUCAAAUGCUUGAAGGGCUCAAGUUUCAGCAAGACAGUCCAAAUCUACAAGGACGCCAUGUUCACUGCUGUUGAGAACCGAAGUGAAAUGAUAUUUAACGAGGUUUACCAGAUCUUCAACGAUAACCAAUUUGAGUUUAGUAAGUUGGAGGAUGCUUAUGGAAACACGCCCCUGCACUUGGUUGCAAGGUUGGCCCCACCGCACAAGCUCAAUCUUGUUUCUGGUGCGGCCCUACAGAUGCAACGCGAGAUACAAUGGUUUAAGGUACGCAUGCACGCGAUCGAGUUGACUUCUCCUAUGUAUAAUGUUUAA